AAAUAAUGCUACAAAGUAUAGCAAACAAAUUAGAGUAAAAGAAGACACAGGAACUUGCAAAAGAAUUGUUACCAAAAAAAAAAAACUUAGAAAAGAAGACACAGAUAUCUGCUUGAAUAUUUGCAGAGAGAAACCAAACAUAUCACAUGAUUAAAGAAUAUCUAUACUAACGUUCAUGAUACUAAUCCAUCUCAUAUCUAUACUAACGUUCAUGAUACUAAUCUCAUUUCUAUACUAACGACGUUCAAUAUUUUACACAGAUAUCUUCUUCCUUCAUAUCUAUACUAAUCUCUAAAGUAAGCCAAUUUUGCUCACAAACCCAUAAAACCCAAAAUUCUGCUAAAGUAACAAGUUCACAAGAAGAAACGGAUCCACAACAACUUUGUCCAAAAAGAGAAAGAUGCAAAGUGCAUUCUCCAAAUGCUUUUCUAUGAUCACAGAUUACAACAAGUAUUAAACCAGUCACAAAACAAACACUAAACAAACAAACCCAAAUCGAAUCCGAACGCACAAGUGAUAUGAGAGAAGUAGUAAGCACCUGAAUUUAAGGAGUGAGAAGAGAAAGUUGCAAUGCCCAAACGUAACUAAGCUACAAUUCUUCUUCUUCAAGCUCUGAUUAGAAACCCUCUUAAAACUCAACUCAAGGAACACAACAACAAACCCAUGUCAAUUGACCGGAGUCUCCUACAACCGCAACAAAACAACAGAUAUAAUCUCAAGUUUUCCGACGAACCCAGAAGAAAGUCGUGAAUUUGGGAGAAGGGUAACAACAAUUGAAGAAACUUGAGAAGAAGCUAUGAGAGCUGUUUCGAUUUCAGACCUAAACUCAGUUUAACUAUUUAUCUUAUUGGGCCUGGGCCGGAAGCAAACAAACAUAAUAAAUUUUUUUUGGGCUUGUGAAUGUUUUUUGUUUUGGAUUUGGUUUGAUAGGAAAAACGCUCCGUCUCGAAUUUUCUCACGUGUUGAUUCCGUUGUCUUCUUUCUUCUCCAGAAUCUCUAUGAAUUUGAUCACUGUUGUCAUUCUGUUAGGGUUUUGUAUCUAGGUGAUUCUUUCUACGCACAAGUGAAUAAUUUUGAAGCUGAAUCUCGUCACCAUUAUCAUAUCUAAGCAUUAGCAGGAUUCGUGUGAUCGGCUGCGUUUGCAUUUGAGUUUGGAGCGUUCGUAAUCUCAAGGAUUUGUAGCAAAAUUGUUGUCUCUGUUUAACGAUAAUGGAACAACAACGCAAAAUCGGUGGUGAAGGUUUGAGAAAUGGAGAUAUUGUAAAUAAGGAGGAUAGGAUUAGUGAGUUGCCUGAAGCUUUGCUUCUACACAUAUUGUCUUCACUUCCAACAGAAACUGUCAUAGCUACCAGUGUUUUGUCCAAAAGUUGGAAAUCUCUUUGGGAGAUGGUGCCAAAUCUCAAGUUUGAUUCCAAGUAUCAUCAUACAUUUUUAGAGAAUGUUUGCAGAUCUUUGAUUUCACAUAACGCUCCGGUUCUAGAUAGUUUGCAUUUGAGAAUUGAAGAUAAGAGUGAUGUUUUGGAUGUUGGGCUAUUGAUUGGAAUUGCAAUUGAAGGAAAGCUUGUAAGAUUUCCGAGUGCUUGGUGUAGUUGUAAUGAUACACUUGAAAUCUUGAAACUCAAGUAUUACAUUCUUUUAGAUUUUCCUUCUCUGGUUUGUUUGAAGUCUCUUAGAAAGCUGUACCUUUACGAAGUACAAUUCAAAGAUGAAGAAUCUGUUUGCAACCUUUUAUGCGGCUGCCCUAUUCUUGAGGAUUUGGUCGUGCAUAGAUAUAGCACUAUCGAUGUGGUGACUUAUACUAUUGCGGUGCCAUCAUUACAGAGACUAACCAUAUAUGAUGAUUACUAUGGAGAAGGUGUUGGAGGCUACGUGAUAAAUGCUCCUUCUUUGAAAUACUUGAACAUCGACGGGUUUAAUGGUCUUGAGUUUUGUUUGAUUGAGAAAGCGCCAGAGCUGGUGGAGGCCAAAAUCUCUGAUAUUUUUGAAAUAGCCAAUGAGAACAUUUUGGAAUCUCUAACUUCAGCCAAACGUCUUUCCGUAAACUUAUCACCGUUAAAGAUUAAGUAUCCUAUUGGUAAAAUCUUCUACCAGCUUUUAUCUUUGGAGCUUCGUACAUUUAGCUAUGAGUGGUGGAAUCUACUUUCCUUCAUGCUCGAUAGUUCUCCCAAAUUACAAAUUUUUAAGCUCAUCGAUCCAUAUCGAUUUGCUAGAGAUGAUUGUCCGGUGGGCUGGGAAUGGAGUCGACCCAAAUGUGUCCCUGAAUGUUUAUUGUUUCAUCUAGAGACAUUUGUGUGGACAAGAUAUGAGUGGCAACGAGAAGAUGAGAAAGAAGUGGCUACAUACAUUCUAAGAAACGCAAGACAGUUGAAGAAAGCAACUUUCAUCACAAAAUCCAUCAUACCCGAAACAGUCACGAAGUUGGAAAAUAGAAUGGAGAUACUCAACCAGUUGGCUAGUGAGGCCAGGGCUUCAAAUUCAUGUCGCCUCGUGUUCGAAUCCGUGUAAUCUCUUGAACUUUUUUACUAUGAUGUUUGGCCAUUGGCAAAUGUAAAAUUCAAAUGUACUAUUGAUGGGAUAUUAAAUA